UGCUCUUAUAUAAAACACAAUGUACUUUAUAUAAUUCUAAUAAAUUGUAGACAUGUUAACGAAUAAAAUUUAAAAAUAUUUUAAAAAAUGUGGGAACAGCUGUAUGUUUAUGAAGCACGUGGAUAUAUGUAUUGUGUCAAUCUCAUCGCUGGACGAUGUUACGCGAACCGUAAUUAAGUAGCGUAUGUCAAUAAAAUUGUUAAAUAAAUUGUUAAAGAAUGCCGAAACGUCCGUGUCCGUUUGAGGAUGAUUUAUUGCCUCAAAUGAAAGUACACGUAGGUCAAAAACAAGUUGACAACGGCGUGAACCAUGAAGAACGAAUGAAAAUUGUUUAUGGAAAAACUCUAAAUUUAUUAAAAGAAGGUGUCAAAACAUUAUCACAGAGGCUCAACAAUUCCACAGAGAUAGAUUCCAUUGAUCUACUAUCACCACAAGUACUUUCCUCUUGCAAAUCCAAACAUGAACAUAAUUCUAAGCAAAUGGUAUUAAAUAGUAAAUUACAAUUAUUAGGAGCAGAUAAAGCCAUACAGGAUAUUCAACCAAAAUAUGAUCUUUGUGAAUGCAGCAAAGUAAUAAAUCCAACUACAUGUAACAAAUGUUCUUAUUGUGAUCAACUAUUAUGUAAUUCUUGUCUGUUAGAAUGUAUUAGUUGUUCAGAGUUGUUUUGUCAGAAUUGUUCUUUACCUGUGUAUGAUCAUGAAGAAAAAAGCAAGUGCCUUAAUUGUUAUAGAUGAAACCAACAGUGUUUUAUAUUAUUUUUUAUAAUCCAUAUUUAUGUUUUUUACUAAUAUCAAUUAUAUGAAAUACCAAUUA